AUGAUGGCCUUCAGAAACCUGAGUGUAGAGACCACCUUUGCCCUCCUGGGUUUCACGGAUUACCCAGACCUUCAGAUUCCUCUCUUCCUCGUGUUCCUGAUCAUGUACGUUAUCACUGUGGUGGGCAACCUUGGGAUGAUAGGAAUUAUCCGGAUUAACCCCAAACUCCACACCCCCAUGUACUUUUUCCUCAGUCACCUUUCUUUCGUGGACUUCUGCUAUUCCUCCAUCGUGACACCCAAGCUGCUUGAGAACCUGGUCAUGGAAGACAAAAGCAUCUCCUACUGGAGCUGCAUGUGGCAGUUCUACCUGUCUUGCUCAGCCGUGGUGGCCGAAUCCUUCUUGCUGGCGGUGAUGGCCUAUGACCACUUUGUGGCCAUCCGUAACCCCCUGCUGUACACGGUCGCCAUGUCGCAGAGGCUCUGUGCUCUGCUAGUGGCAGGAUCGCAUUUCUGGGCUAUGUUUUGCCCCUCAGUGCUCCUUGGCUAUGCUCUUCAGUUAUGUUUCACUGGAUUUAAAGUAAUCAACCACUUUUUCUGUGAAUACACAUCCCUCAUUGCUGUCUCUGCCUCGGAUACACGCAUCCCCCAGCUGCUGCUGCUUGGCUUUGCCACCUUCAAUGAGGUGAGUACGCUCCUGAUUAUCCUCACCUCCUAUGUGUUCAUUUUUGUGGCUGUGAUGAAAGUCCCCUCUGCCAGCGGGCGGCGCAAAGCCUUCUCCACCUGCGCCUCCCACCUGACGGCCAUCACCAUCUUCCAUGGCACCAUCCUCUCCCUCUACUGCGUGCCCAACUCCAAGAACUCCCGGCACACGGUCAAAGUGGCCUCCGUGUUUUACACUGUUGUUAACCCCAUGCUGAACCCCCUGAUCUACAGCCUGAGGAACAAAGAUGUAAAAGAUGCCUUCCGCAAAGUCAUAGACACAAAAGUCCCUUUCCAUUGA